UACACUCACGGGACAGCGGAACAGCGCACCCUCGCAGUGCGCCCGUACGGAGGAGGAGGAGGUGCAGAGUCUACGAUACGGACACAGAUACAUUGUUGACGUUGCUAUACCCUUUAUGCACAAGUCACCCACACGAGUAUACAAGAGCGGGACGAUUCGCGAAGGAUGGGCAGCAGCAGCGUCUCUUCAGACACAGACAGCCUGGGUGUCACAAUUAAGCACCAACCUUUGUUCUUCCCCGGUCUAUGCAGGAGCGACUAGUCGGGGAAAGUAGCAGGCUAGCAACACCGCCAGCUUAGCAGCGAGGCUAGCUUGCUCUUCCCUCUGUGGUCCAUCACGAACUUGCGACCUGGUGCCCGCCCGGGUCGUUUGCACACAGAGAAAAUGGUGUACCUGUUGAACCCUAUAGAAAACCUCAGAAGCUACAUCAACAACCGCCCACCCCUGGUCAUUUUUAUGUUCAGCGUCAGUGCUGUGGCCAUCGCCUUUCUGACCAUCGGUUACUUCUUCAAGAUUAAGGAGAUCAAGUCCGCAGAGUUGACUGAGGACUGGAACACGUUCCUGCUGCGCUUCAACGAGCUGGACCUCUGCGUGUCGGAGAAUGAGACCCUCAAGCACGGCCUGAACGAGUCCACCACGCCCGAGAGCACGCUGGUGAUCACCAGCGGCCAGGCGCGCAGCGGCACCCAGACGCCACUCCUGCUGGAAGACUCGGGGUUCGUCAACAUCUCCGUGCCCAUCACCAUCACGCUGGACCCGCAGCGGCCCUUCGGCGGCUACUCCCGCAACAUCACCCACCUGUAUGCCACGGUGCUCGGGCAGCAGGUCGGGCUGACCGGCCGCGAGGCGCACGAGGAGAUGAACAUCACCUUCACACUGCCCGUGCCCUGGAGCUCAGACGAGUGUGUGCUGCACGGCCACUGUGAGCAGGUGGUGUACAGCACCUGCAUGACCGUCACCGCCGCAAGCAAUAUCUUCCCCGUCACCGUGCAGCCACCCCACUGCGUGCCAGAGACCUUCACCAACGCCACGUCCUGGUACAAGCUGUUCACCACGGCGCGCGACUCGGACACAAAGUACAGCCAGGACUACAACCCCUUCUGGUGCUACAAGGGCGCCAUCGGCAAGCUGUACCAUGCGCUCAACCCCAAGCUCACCGUCGUCGUCCCCGAUGACGACCGCUCGCUGAUCAACCUGCACCUGAUGCACACGAGCUACUUCCUGUUCGUCAUGGUCAUCACUAUGUUCUGCUACGCAGUCAUUAAAGGCCGACCGGGCAAAGUACGACAACAAGUCAACACCGACUUUGCCACCGAGAAGGUGGCAUUGUCUGAGGGUUGAUUCCCAUCCAGGACCUGUAGAGCAACACUAAACUCUUAUCACAUGGACAAACUCGAACGAAUAAGGAAAAAAAAUAAGAAUUUACAAGUUGCCUAGUGAACCAUGGAAAUCCAUUAAGGACACAAAAGCUCUGUGAAUGCAUUUCUCUUGCAAUGUUGGGUUUCUCCAACCAAAGAUAUUAUAAGUGCCUGUAUCUAUGAUGUACAUAUUUGUAGGAAAUGUUCUGUACACUAUUUGUUUUCUUCUCUGGUUUGUUUCUUUGCCUGAGUCCCCCUUGAGUGCCAUCUUCACAACCCGCAUUUUUACAACUGCACUCCGCCAUUUUGUCAACCGCACUUCAGCCUUAUACGCAAGCUAUGUAAUCUAUGAUCUUCGAUGUACAGUUAAAUUCCCCCUAUUGCGAGGCUGAGCAGGCCGCUAAAAGCAACAGUGUUUAUAGCCUGCUCGCCAGUACUGCCUGACUAGAGAAAAAAGUAUCCGUUCAAAGGAAGAAUUUGGGCUGCAUUCAUUGUUAUAUAUGUCAAAGGACAUAAAACAAAGCUUGUUUUAUUUGGUUCACAGUCACGUUUGGAUUCCAAGAACCAAAAUGUAAUUAAAAGAAAACUGUUUCACUGAAUGUAGGAUAUUACAUCUUUGAAGCAGGAUGAGGUAUCGGUCAACCAGACCACACUGGUAAGGAGGAAAGACGGUUGCUUUUGUGCAUUUUACUUUUUAGAUGUCGACAAUUUGGGAAAAGCAGGAAUAGGAAUCUAAAUAACACAAGAAUCACUUUUGUUUUGCAGUUGAAUGAGCUGACUAGUACAGGAUAUAUACAGAUAUAUAUAUUAUGUUUAUCAUAAUCGUAACCACACGUUGCCAGUACAAUUCUCCCCUAGUUGUAAAGUCUUUUUCUCCCGAAUUUGGACACCUUUGGUUUGGUGCAACUAGACUGAAUCUGAAAGCAGUUGUAUUUGUCUGCUCUUCCAGGGCGAUAUCACCAAUCUUAGGCAAUUAGAUUUAGAAAAGCCAUGUUUGUUUUGGUGGCUGGCUGUGCUUCAUAGAAUUCCCUCUAUUUAUUUUCCAAACAUCACCAGCGCUGUUCAAACUAAUGAGCACUCGACUCUGGAUCUGGGGUACUGUACGGUUGUCUUUUGUUGUGGUGAGUUUAUCAGUUCAGCUAUUCAAACACAGGUCCUCAUUGAUCGGAGGUCCUAUAUCCAGUACACUUAUUUACAUUGAUUAGAGGAAGGUGUAUGGUGCUGGAGACUGGCUUUAUCCAAGUUGAUGGGUAACCGUGCAAAGAGUUAAUUCCCGUUUUACUCAUGGCUGUGUGAAAAAACGUUUCAGUAAAGUACGAUCAGCCAAUAGUCUAAAUAGUUUGAUAAAUUUUAGCUUAUAUACCUUGCCUUGUUCUCUUUUUGUCGAAAAAUCGUAUUUUUUUACUUUACACUUUGCAUCUUUGACCGUGUACCGUUUUAUUAAUUAUUUUAAUCCUUUACCAUAUUGAGCAAUUUUUUUGCUUGUUCUUAUUUUUUUCUACGUUGCCAAUCCCAACAUGCACCUCAAAAGUAAUACUAUUUAUCUCUCUCUUUAAAAAUAAUCAUCCUGUGGAAAUCCUACUUUCUCCCCAACAGCCCUUUGUGUUUCUAAUGUCUUUUAAAUAACUCUUUUUUUUGCUCUUCUCUGCGUUUAGCACUUAUUUCUAAUAGAAACACGAAAUGAUAGUGACCCAGAAAGUGGAUGGGCAGAAAGGGUGUUAUAUUUAAUGCAAUUGGGUCUGGAAAAGAACAAGCAACGGUAAAGUAACGGGUGAAGUUUAUCAGCUCGAUAUUAAGUUUUAGCAGACUGGCGCAGAGACUUAAGUAUGCUAUGGUUUGUGAGUAAAAAUCUGGACACAUUUAUCCAUACGAGCCUAGUUUUGCAAUAAGGCAGGAAAAACCUUAAAACUCGAGCUGUUUCUGCAUUAGUGUGGGAACUAAUUUGCAUAUUCCAUAAUGGCCAAGCGAUCGUUUCUGUGACAAGGAAACAUCCAUUAACCCGGCCCUGGAAAGGGAUGUGGCUCGUUCCUCAUUCAGGUCCUUGUUUAGCAUCAAAUGAAGAGUCUGCUUGCUUGAUCUCUAUGAAGGCUUAAAUGAGGACACAGGACCAUUUUAUUAUUAUAAUUAUUAUCUUUAGUUCAUUGGAUCAGACAAUCAAAUGACCCGGGCAUUUAUUGGGUCAGAUCAUGCCCUAAAUAUAGAUAGACAAUGUAUUAAAAGGAGGUUUAAAAAAUUUAAAUUGAUCAAUUUGUGGUAACUGUGCAAUUGCAAUGCUUGUGUUAUCGUAUACAAAUAACAAAAUUACCCCCCACCUCCAAAAGAAAAUAAAUGCAUCUUCUGAUAGGGGUUGGUAAAUGAAAGAUGUAACCAUAGCAACGCACGGUAGGAUGUGCACUUUACAGAGAAACUGCACUUUACCUCUCGGUUUUUGUUGGCAGUUUAACUGAAUGUAACCUUUUAGGAAGCGACAUACUUGAUAGUGGUGAUUUAAACAUACACAGAAAGGCUUUUUUCUCCUUAUUGUGUUUAAAACCCUUUUACGUAAAAUGAUUGUGUUCGCAGAAUGUGAUUCAAUCAUCUGAUUUAUGGUAAUUUUUCCUCCUUAUUUUUAAUACGUUGCACUUUGCUAUCAUAUUGAUUUGUGAAUGAAAACAAUAAUCUCAUAUCUUGCUUCUUUAUUGUUUUCCCCCUCCAUUGCCAGCCUUACCUAGUCUUCCAAAAACCCCACACAUUAUAUUCAUUAUACAUGUGCUUGUUUCGCAUCACCGGUCUCUGAAGUAUUGUGUUUUAUGCUGAUCUGGAGUUGGAAGUGUGGCUUUUGAUUUACUUUCUGUUAGAAGGAAGCUUGACAUGACGUUUUAGGUUUUCACUGUUUGAAACCAAAAAAGCGCUGUUACUUGGGUAUCUAUUCGUUAUUGUGACAAGAUUUUGUGAAAAUUGAGUUGGGGUGGAAAUACUUUUUUCUUUCUAAUGAUUUGGGAAGAUCAAUUUUAUCAUAUAACCAACAAAUCCUCUGUUUCCAUCUGACUUUGUUGCUGAUUAUGGUAAAGGGUAAGGGUUGUGUUAUUUAACUUGUUUCAAAAGAUUUUGUGUAUUGGCGUAAUACAAAAUCUGUAAAUAGGUUACACACCGACCUUAAGCUAUUUAUUUUGUUAAAGUAAAUUGCUUCCUUUGUAUUUCUUUUUUACUUUGAGUGAAUUACUUCUAUAUAGCUGAACAGAGAGGGUCCCUAUCGAUUAGCUAGGAAAAAACUAUCAAACUGAAGAAUAAAGCUUUUUAUUUUGUUGCAUUCCAUGGUUUUUCCGCAACACCUAGACGCAAGUAAACUAGCACCUCUGUGCCUUCUGCACUGUUUAGACUGCGUUCUCCCACCCUUGUACAUAGCACUGAAGAUUAAGCGCAACUAUGGUCAUAGGCAGUGCACCCCACCCAAAAAAAACACUUUUCCCGUUCAGUUGCAAAUGUAUGUAAAUGGUUAUGAUUUCAAGUGAAAAAAGGAAAUGAAAUAAAUAAUGACAAUAAACUGUCCCUGGAAAUCCUCUGUCAAGCUGUCCUUGUUUUGUCUCUGAGAAAUACACAAACUCAUCGCACCCUGUUGUUUUUGUUCUUUUUGUUGACUGCAUAUAAAAGCUGUUUCAUUGUUUUCAUCACACCAUGUGUCUGCAGAGUAUGACAACAUGAGUGCACUACACACUACAGUCUCUAGCGCCCCACAAACACACAGUCACACACGCCACCGAUUGAACUAGUUACUCAUUUAAGUUGCCAACCACAGUUAACGAUGUUUUGAUAUAUAUAUAUAUAUAUAUA